AUGUGUAGCAAAGCGAUCCUAGCACUACUGGUCUAUGGGAUAAUAAUGCACUGCAGCGUCUACUGCUCACCUGCUGCUGGAUUUCAAUACCCUGCGCUAAGGAUUUCUCAGGAGGCACCGCCACAUGCGUCUGAAUUCUUGCCCUUUGCUUUCCGGGCUAGGCUGGAAGAUGAAGUGUAUGACGAGGAUGGAAACACGCUGCAGGAUUUCGCCUUUGACAACGACCCCCUUGGCAUAGCGAACCCUUCCUCCAUGAUAGACGACAUGUACACCCUGUACUACCCACCGGAAAAGAGGCACGCCGAUGGGAUAUUUAACAAAGCCUACAGGAGAGUCCUGGGUCAGCUAUCCGCUCGGAAAUACCUGCAUUCUUUGAUGGCCAAACGGGUGGGCGGUGCCAGCGGCCUGGAGGACGACUCGGAACCGCUCUCCAAACGGCACUCGGAUGGCAUCUUCACAGACAGCUACAGCCGCUACCGGAAACAAAUGGCUGUCAAGAAAUACUUGGCAGCGGUCCUGGGGAAAAGGUAUAAACAAAGAGUUAAAAACAAAGGACGCCGAGUAGCGUAUUUGUAG